AUGGGAAGAGGGAGAGUGGAGAUGAAGAGGAUAGAGAACAAAAUCAAUAGACAAGUGACUUUCUCAAAGAGAAGAAAUGGUUUGUUGAAGAAAGCUUAUGAGCUCUCUGUUCUUUGUGAUGCUGAAGUUGCUCUUAUCAUCUUCUCUAGCCGUGGAAAGCUCUACGAGUUUGGUAGUGUUGGAACUACAAGGACAAUCGAACGCUAUCAGCGUUGCUACAACUGUUCUCUGGGCAAUAAUGGGCCUGAAGAGACUACACAGAACUGGAGCCAGGAGGUGACAAAGCUUAAAUCCAAAUACGAAUCUCUUGUUCGCACUCAUAGGCAUUUGCUUGGAGAAGAUCUUGGGGAAAUGAGUGUGAAGGAACUACAAACGCUUGAGAGGCAGCUAGAAGCUGCUCUUACUGCGACUCGACAUCGCAAGACACAAGUUAUGAUGGAAGAAAUGGAGGAUCUACGAAAGAAGGAGAGGCAACUAGGAGACAUAAACAAACAACUCAAGAUCAAGUUUGAGACCGAAGGUCAUUCUCUCAAAAUGUUUCAAGACUUAUGUGCAAACUCGACGGCAGGAGAUCCUUACAAUUCCGAAUUUCCGGUUCAAUCAUCUCAUCCUAAUUCAAUGGAUUGUAACACCGAACCCUUUUUACAGAUAGGGUUCCAACAACAUUACUACGUGCAAGGUGAAGGAUCUUCGGUAUCAAAGAGUAAUGUGGCAUGUGAGACCAAUUUCUUCCAAGGUUGGGUUCUUUGA